GGAACUAAAAAAAUGAAGUAAGGAAUCUUAAUCAAAAAUUGGAAAAUAUAAUACAUAAAAAAAUAUGUAAAUAUUUAAUUUGUUAAUUUUAUAUUUCACUUUUAUUUAGCAAAAUGUUUAACAACGGAGAAUAUCCUUUUUUGCAUGAAGGCGUUGACGAUCAGGUAAGCGUCAACAGAAGUUAUAACAUAUGAAUUGUCAUUCAUAGGUUUAAUCAAUAUUAAAAUUAUGAAGUUGUAAAUAUAAACAAUUAGGCUUAUCAUGAUAUUGAUGUUACAGUAUUUGUUGAUACGAGAUCUGGACACUGGAGACAUUGUAACUCCAAUAACUGACGAAAUUCAACACAAUUUUUUAACGCCAGAGUUAUUAAUUGACAACUCAGCUUCAAAUAACGUACCAGAAAUUGUUUUACACAGCGAAUCACUUAUCAAUUUGAACAACAAUGUACAAACGAAACAACAUUCGCCAACUAAUAUUCCAGGAGUGAUUUCAGAAGAACCUUCAGUACACAAUUCAUCCUCAAAUAUUGAAGCAAUUAAUGUAGAAAUUGUACAAAAUUUAAAUCAGGAAGCAAGCAAUUCUUUCCAAGAAAAUUUAAUGCAAUUUUUGGUAAAAAGGAGUGGAGGAAAGACUGUUUUGAGGCAUUAUGAUAUAAAAAAACAGUUAAAUAAAGAAAGCCGUGGAAUAUUAGUUCGAUUAGUAAUAGGUAAAAUAAAAGAUGAUGCAUUAAGUAAUUUAAAACAAAGCGAAAAGCUCUCUGAAUUUCGAAUUUCUCGUGCAACAUUUACUGACAUUUCUCACAGUAUAGAAAAAAUCUUUCCGGGAGAAAAAGCCUCGACGUAUUACACACCUUAUUGGUCAGAGGGAAAUGUAGUUGUUCCAACAUCAGGUGCUUUAUGGGAACAUUAUAAUUACACCAAAGGUGUUUUAAAAGAACAAAAUCUUUUGGAGAAGUCAAAAUCGAGAAGUCAAAAGGAGGAAUCUUGUGUUAAUUUAGAACAAGAUAAAGAACAAAUUAAUGCUGCUUUAGAGAGAUUAAAAACUUCUUUAAAUCUGGAAUCGAGGCAAAAUGACUGGAUAUUAACUCAUAAUGCUAGAAAAAUCUUACUUUUAGCAGAAAAUUAUUCUGUGGCAGAAUAUUUUAAAACAUUUCCUUGUCUUGAGAUUGAACAGGGUAUUAAACAAUUAGAGCUUGAUUUUACGGAAAUUUAUCCAUGCAAAAGUGGUUUGCUCUCCGAUAGAUGGAACACAAUAAAAACUGUUCUUAUUAAUCAGCUGCAAGAACUUGAGAAGAAGAAAAUAAGAGACGUUGAUGAUAAUGCGUACUUAAAACUAUUGCCAACAUUAAAUGGCGAAGCUCAAGAUGCAGUUGAUUUGCAUUUGCUUUGCUUAUUAAGUACCCAGGCCGGGGUUGGAAGAAAGAGAAAAAAUUGUUCAGAUGAAAACAUCGUUCGCAGAUGGAGCCCAGCUGAAAGAAGAGAAACAUUUAUGUGUCACAUCGAGAUUUCGGAUGAAUUAGAAGAGAAAAUUAGAGUCUUAAAAUCAAAGUUAUGGAAUAGAAAAGAAACGUUCCAACCAUUAUUUAUUGUCGUUGGGCCUUUAAUUAAUAUUGAGGAAGCGUAUGUUGUUGUUGAAGAUCAACAAUAUAAAACAUCUUCGUGCUUGGAAGCCUUAGAUUUAUGUUUUAAACUAUUCUUCUCAUUACAUUGCCACUAUCCGAAAGCAUCGCAUUCUAUGUGGCAUUUUUUCCAACUUGUCGGUUAUAGUAUUGUUACGUUGCCCAAUAACCCAAUAAAGUCAGUCAAAGAAUUACAGGGAUUAACGGAAGAAGCUUUGAAGCAGGCUAAAUUAUUAUAAUAUUGUUCUUCGAAUUAAAAACUCACAAUAUUGGUCUGUUUUGCCUGUAAAACUUUAUUUGAAACAAAUACAAAUCUCAUUCGUCAUGUUAAUAUAACCCAUUCGGACUUACGAAUAUUUUCAUGCUCUGAACCUGAUUGCCAAAGGUCAUUUUCCGUAAUCGCUUCAUUUACUCGGCAUCGUUGAAAUAAACAUGCUUCUAAUUACAAAAAUUUGUCAUUAAAUGACAAUUUACCUGAACUGCCUCUUUGUUCAGAUGCAAAUAAUAUAAUCGAGAAAAGUUUUACCGAAUUUGACUUUACUGAAAAUGAUAUUUCCGAAACUAGUGAUUCUGAUUCUGAUUCUUUGAUCAGUGAUAAUUUCGAUGAAGUAACAUCUUUUAACGACGAAAUAAAUCAUUUUCCACAGUUUAACUUAGAAAAUACAGAAAUAAAGAAUAAAGAAACAGUAAGAUUUGCAGCAAAGUUAUAUGAAUCGCCUGAUAUUUCGAGAAAAAGAGUCAAUGACAUUGUUUUCGAUGUUUCCGAAUUACUUAAUAAAACAAUUAUUUCAGUCCAGGGAGAAGUAUGUAGUCACUUUAAAAAAUUAGGUAUGACAGAUCAAGACAUCUCUGAAGUAGAAACGAUUUUUAACAAAUUUUCAGAACCUUUUCAGCAGUUAAAAACAGAGAAACAAAGAUUAGCUCAAUUUAAAUAUUAUGAUUCCUACAUUCCUCCACAAAAUUACCAAAUAGGCAAAAGAAUUGAAUAUAAGUCAGCACCAACAGGAACUAAACGCAAAGAUAUUCCAGUAGUAGCCCAAUUUAUACCAAUUCGUCAGGUACUAAAAAAAUUCUUUGAAUUGCCUGGCAUUUUUGAUAAAACUAUAAAGUAUUUAAAUAUUUUAGACUCUCAAAAGAGUCACUAACAUUUAUCAAAGUUCUCAUUGGAAACAAAAAAUUUCUUCCUGCAAGGACAAAAUUGUUUUACCACUUGUUAUGUUUUUUGACGAUUACGAAAACAAUAAUGCACUUGGCAGCAAUAAAGGGAUUGCCAAGUGUGGUGCUGUUUAUUUAAGUAUACCGUGUCUUCCACCAGAAUAUCAAUCCAAACUUCAAAACAUUUUUUUGUUUAUUCUGUUUAAUACAUUAGAUCGAUCACAAUUUAGUAAUAAAAUAAUUUUUACAAAAGUUGUUGAAGAAUUUAAAUUUUUGAGAGAGGAGAGCAUUUUGAUUAAUUUUGAAAAUGGUGAAAAAAGAAUAUACUUUGACUUAGCUUUAAUAAUAGGUGACAAUCUUGGGGUUAAUUUAAUUUUUGGACUAGUAGAAAGUUUUAAAGCAAAGAAGUUCUGUCGUCUUUGUCUAAUUAAUUUUGAUGAUAUUAACAAAAUAUUUAAAGAAAGUGACUACAUACUUCGAGAUAUUUCGAAUUAUAAUUCAUCUCUGGAAAAUAUUAAUCCGAAAGAAAGCGGCAUAAAGGAAGAUUGUGUAUUUAAUAAAAUAUCAGGGUUUCAUAUUACAAGCAAUCCAGCAGUUGAUGUGCAGCAUGAUUUAGCUGAAGGUAUUUUACGAUAUGACAUCGCGCUUUUACUUAAUUAUUUUAUAAAGGAGAAAAAAUUCUUUACAUUAGAAUAUUUAAAUACAAUACUUCGAUCAUUUUAUUACGGUUCAAAAUAUAGUAUUAAUAAACCUCCAGAAAUUUUGUAAAGUUAUUUAAAGAAAAAAUGUAUCAUUUUGUCAGCAGCGGAGAUGUUUAAUUUGGCAAAAAAUUUGACUAUGAUUAUUGGGCAUUCCAUAGAUGAAAAUGAUAGUUAUUGACAAAUAUUACUAACAAUGAAAGAGAUUUUAGGAAUUGUAUGCAGCACGAAGGUCACUCAGGAAACUUGUCAGAUUUUAGAAGUGAAAAUAAACGAAUACCUUACUUCACUAACGGAAAAAUUUCCCAACUGUAUGAAACCAAAACAUCACUUUUUACUUCACUAUCCUUCAAUAAUGCGUAAGAUUGGACCCUUAUGGAAUAUUUGCUGUUUAAGGUUUGAAAGUAAAAAUAGAGAAGGAAAACAGAUCGCUCAUCCAGCAAUUUGUCGAGUAAACAUUUGCAAAACCAUAGCUAUUCGGCAUCAGUUAAUGAUGAAUUACAGAUUUAUAUGUAAAAAUUCUGAGUAUCCGCCUUACACUGUCAACCACGUUAAAAAGAUUUCAACUCAAAAUGUUCCACAAAUUGGUAAAUUUGUUCAUUUAUGGCCAAAAAACCUGAGCGAAUAUUGUUACUCAACAAAUUAUCUUGAAUACCACAACAUUGCUAUAAAAAAGGAUACUGUAAUAGUACCAUUUUCUGAAUUACAGGAUCCUCAGUUUCAUUUUGUGCAUUUUAUAAUUUUAAUUGACAAGGAUACUUUCCUUUUAAUCACAAAAUCAAUGGCAGACUGUCAUUUUAAUCAUCACCUUCGUGUUUAUAAAAUGCAUGGCACUGAAUUUCACUGGGAAAUAUUAACCAAAAAUGACAUUGACACUGCUAGCUCUUCAUACUACAACAAAUUAGCUGACGGAAAUUUUUAUAUUGCCAAGAAUUGGAUGUAGUAUUGUUGUAUUGAAAUAAUUAGUUUUAAGAAAUUCUUGUGUUAAUAAAUAUUCUGUCUAAUUAGGCACAACAAAAAAU